UACACAUGUUAUCAGACCCAUCAGCCCCAUUGCCACCACCAAUUUUUCGCAUCCCAUAUGAUCAAUUUUUCUUUUUUCUUUUUUCUUUUACAUGGCAAUUUUCCAAGUUCUGAGUUUCAAAAGCAACAGCAAGAACAGCAAUCCGAGCUGCUGCUGUUGCUGCUGCUAGUAGCUCUCUUUAUCCUACACUCUUAAAAUGCGCACCCUUCUCUCAUUGAGGCCACCUCCAUCACCAUGUCUAACUUCAAGUUUCCAUUCUUCUUCUUCUUCUUCUUCUUCUUCUUGCACUUCGUUUCUUUAUAGUUUUAGACCCAACAAACGCUUUCACUUCUUGACUCCAUGUUCUUCUCUUAAACAAACCAAGAAGCAGACUCUUCAAAAGAGUAACACUGCUCCUCAGAGUUUAAGAUGGUUCUUGAAUCCUAAAGGAAGUGGUGAUGAUGAUGAUAAGAUUAAUAAAGGAGAAAAUGAUGAUGGUGGUGGAUUGGAAGGGGAUACUGCUAUUAAAGGUACCCUUUUGGCUGGUGUUUUAUUAGUUGGUGUCGUUGGUGGUUUUGGUGCUGUUGGUUAUGUUUACAGGGAUCAGAUCAAUGCUUUCUUGAAUCAGUUUUCUGGGUUUAUUGAAGGUUAUGGACCUGCUGGAUAUGCUUUAUUUGUAGCAGUUUAUGCAGGACUGGAAAUCCUUGCAAUUCCAGCAAUCCCCUUGACAAUGUCAGCAGGUCUUCUUUUUGGCUCUGUUAUUGGCACCAUUAUUGUCUCUAUUAGUGGCACAGUUGCUGCAAGUGUUGCCUUUCUAAUUGCUAGAUAUUUUGCUCGUGAGCGUAUUCUCAAACUGGUUGAAGGAAAUAAAAAGUUUCUUGCCAUUGACAAAGCGAUAGGUGAAAAUGGCUUCAGAGUUGUUACCCUCCUUCGUUUGAGCCCUUUGCUUCCAUUUUCUCUGGGGAAUUAUUUGUAUGGAUUGACGUCUGUUAAGUUUGUUCCAUACGUAUUGGGAAGUUGGUUGGGAAUGCUUCCAGGAACAUGGGCUUAUGUGAGUGCCGGUGCAUUUGGCCGAGCAAUUAUUCAAGAAGAAUCUGAUAUUGGAUUAGUUGGAGGAAACAAUUCACUGUUAACUCUUGGGCUAGGAUUGUUAGUCACAGCAUUAGCUGCUGCAUAUGUGACAAAGCUUGCCAAGGAUGCGGUAAAAGAUAUCGAGUAAAAAAAAAACCAAGAAACUCGGCUUUUGUCAAAUCAAUACACUUAUUAAUUGAAAUUGUAAGAUUAAUGGAGCCUCCUUGCCAUCAUGUAAAUGCUUGUUUAUUAUUUUGCAACUCGAAUAGCAUUAGGAAAAUUCCCCAUAGCCCUCUUUUAUCUUUUUGUUCUCUCCGGAAACUGGGGAUCAUUCGUUUAGGUCUGCUAUCUUAGAUAAAAUGAGUACAGUUCUAGUUUCUCA